UUUGAUUUAAAUAAGCACGCCUGACUUCGCUAGCCUUGACAGAAGAGAGGGACGGCACGGCACAGUGUGGAAACGAACACCCUCUAGUGCUGAUGAGCUUGUCUUCCUUCCAGAUCCGCAAAACUCAUGGGCUUUUCACCUCAAGAACGCGUCGUCUACUUGGAAGCUCUCGAGCCAGGUCUGUGUGCGUGCGCGAGACUGAUUCGGCUAGUUUAAGCGCGUAAUACAGGCUCGUGUCGACGGCACACAGUGCCAAGAAGAGAAACGCGUGUAACGCAUGAAGAAGGGGAAAGCCCGUUUAUGGAUACUGACUACUGGAGAACACACUUAGUCUAGUUCAUUAUUUCAGGUGCUGAUAGCCUUACAGCAUUAGGGAUCAGUUAUCUCACAAUCGCUAUCCUAUUUAUGUCAAUUCUGUAAGUUUUUUUAAGUGCCGCCGAUAGUUGUGCGUAAUGGGCUGGCAUAUCUGUCGCUUUGAGUCCGCGUUUUCGCGGUGCGGGGAACGAGGAGGUUGACGCGCAAAACCGUUUACAAUAGUUACAUGAAUUUUGUGACUGGAUAUUUUGUCUCGGACUCUUUUCUUUAGAAACUGUCACCGACUUGCGUGCACAACUGGAUAGAAAAAAUGACUUAUCAAAGAUUUUUCUUCAUGUUUGCUUUACCCGGAUUGGUUUUGUCGGACCCCAGCCAUUCAAACCAAGUGGUUCUUUUGGACACAACAGCUGUGCUGGGAGAACUAAGCUGGAAGACCUACCCAAUAAAUGGGUGGGAUGCCAUCACGGAGAUGGAUGAGCAUAACCGUCCCAUUCACACCUUCCAGGUGUGCCAUGUAAUGGAACCCAACCAGAACAACUGGCUCCGUACAAACUGGAUACCCCGUCAGGCUGCGCAGAAGAUCUACGUGGAGCUUCGCUUCACCCUGCGGGACUGUAACAGCAUUCCCUGGGUCUCUGGCACUUGUAAGGAAACUUUUAACCUCCACUACUUUGAGAUAGAUGAGCCGCAUGGUGCCAAUGCUCAUUUUAAUCCCAACGACUACGCCAAAAUCGAUACUAUUGCCGCCGACGAAAGUUUCACACAGACAGACCUGGGCGACCGCGUUCUGAGGCUGAAUACCGAAGUGCGGGAAGUGGGUCCAAUAGCUCGUAAGGGUUUCUACUUGGCCUUCCAGGACGUGGGCGCAUGUAUCGCCCUGGUGUCUGUGAGAGUUUAUUACAAAAAGUGCCCAUCUACCCUGAGAAACCUUGCCGCCUUCCCUGACACUGUACCUCGGGUGGAUUCAUCUUCGUUGGUGGAGGUCAGGGGUGCGUGUGUUGAGAAUGCUGAGGAACGGGACACACCUAGGCUGUACUGUGGAGCUGAUGGUGAUUGGCUGGUGCCACUGGGCCGUUGUGUCUGCAGCAUAGGCUAUGAGGAGAGUGACAGUCUCUGUAUUGCCUGCAGACCGGGGUUCUACAAAGCCUUUGCAGGAAACAUCAAAUGUUCAAAGUGUCCCCCACACAGUUCCAGCCACACAGAGGGUUCGUCACAGUGUCACUGCGAAAGGAGCUACUACAGAGCCAGCAAGGACCCUCCCACCAUGGCCUGCACACGACUGCCCUCCUCUCCUCGAAACUUGGUUUUUAACAUCAAUGAGACCGCCCUCUUUCUGGAGUGGACUCCGCCCAGCGACACAGGUGGUCGGAAGGAUGUAACCUAUGAUGUCUUCUGUUUCCGAUGUGGAGCCGAUGGCCAGGCCUGUGAGCCAUGCAACAGCAAUGUACGCUUCAUACCCAAAUCCACGGGGCUCACAAGCACCUCUGUGGUGGUCCAGGACUUUGUGGCGCAUGCCAAUUACACGUUUCAAAUCGAGGCUCUUAAUGGAGUGUCAGGUUUGGGAAGAUCUGAGAGACAGCUUGCCAAUAUCACCGUCAGCACAGAGCAGGCUGGUCCAUCUCUGGUUGGCGUGGUGAGAAAAGACUGGGCAUCUCAAACUAGUAUUGCCCUCUCCUGGCAGGAAACUGAGCAACCACAUGCUGCCAUCCUGGACUAUGAGAUAAAAUAUUAUGAAAAGGAACAGGAACAGUUAAGCUACUCCUCUACACGUACAAAGUCUCCAAGCGUGAUAGUGACAGGGCUAAAUCCCUCCACGGUUUACGUGUUCCAUGUGCGCGCCCGUACCCUCGCCGGCUACAGCAGUUACAGCCCGAAGUUUGAGUUCGCCACAGGAGAUGAGAACUCUGAGGAGGCAGCUGAUCAGGGCCAGGUGUUGGUGAUUGUUACAGCCACAGUGGGGGGCUUUUCUCUCCUCAUCAUUCUCACCCUCUUCCUUCUCAUCAGUGGCAGGUGUCAGUGGUAUAUAAAAUCUAAGAUAAAGUCAGAAGACAAAAAAGGAACACAGUAUCAAAAUGGACAUGUACCAUUCCCAGGAUCGAAGACUUACAUUGACCCGGACACUUACGAGGACCCCUCACAGGCCGUUCAUGAGUUUGCCAAGGAAAUCGAUCCAUCUCGUAUCCAAAUCGAAAGAGUCAUCGGAGCAGGCGAGUUUGGGGAGGUGUGCAGUGGCCAGCUUCGUAUCCCGGGAAAGAAGGAAAUUCCUGUGGCUAUCAAGACUCUGAAGGGGGGAUACACUGAACGACAGAGACGGGACUUCCUACGAGAGGCGAGCAUCAUGGGACAGUUUGAUAAUCCUAACAUCAUCAGACUGCAGGGUGUGGUUACAAAGAGUCGGCCUGUGAUGAUAGUGGUGGAAUACAUGGAGAAUGGCUCCUUGGACUCUUUUCUGAGGAAGCAUGACGGACACUUCACCGUGAUCCAGCUGGUUGGUAUGCUGCGUGGCAUUGCCUCAGGUAUGAUGUACCUGUCCGACAUCGGCUAUGUCCACCGGGAUCUGGCAGCCCGAAAUAUUCUAGUGGAUGACAACCUGGUGUGUAAGGUGUCGGACUUCGGUCUGUCCAGGGUGCUGGAGGACGACCCUGAGGCAGCUUACACCACCACAAUUUUGUUUCGUCAGGGGGGUAAAAUCCCCAUCCGCUGGACAGCUCCAGAGGCUAUUGCCUACAGAAAGUUUUCCUCAGCCAGUGAUGCUUGGAGCUACGGUAUCGUCAUGUGGGAGGUGAUGUCAUAUGGAGAGCGGCCCUACUGGGAGAUGUCCAACCAAGAUGUAAUUCUGUCUAUUGAGGAGGGCUACAGGCUCCCUGCACCCAUGGGCUGCCCCGUGGCGCUGCACCAGCUCAUGCUUCUCUGCUGGCAGAAGGAACGCAGUCGCCGACCACAGUUUAAUGAUGUUGUCAGCUUCCUGGAUAAGCUGAUCCGCAAUCCCAGCAGCCUGCUCACACUGGUGGAAGAUGUAAAUAGCUUCCCAGUAACCCCUGAGGAUAUGCCAGACUACCCUCUCUUCAUAUCUAUCGGUGACUGGUUGGAUUCGCUCAAAAUGAGUCAAUACAAGAACAACUUCAUAGCAGCAGGGUACACAACCCUGGAUUCCAUAUCCACCAUGAGUAUUGAUGAUGUGAGAAGAAUCGGAGUAUCACUGAUUGGCCACCAGAGGAGGAUAGUGAGCAGCAUACAAGCACUACGACUGCAGUUCCUCCACGUUCAACAGAGUGGCUUCCAUGAAAAUUGGACCAUUUACCCGGAGGAACCACAGUAAACAACGGAACAGUGGCACCUUUCUGUUGUUCUGAAGAUGUCAUCUGUCAAUCAUCCUGCAAGUUCUGUGAUUGACUGGACUCCAAACCUGAGAACUUUGAAUAGCGUAUUUGCUAUUUUAAUGUAUUAAAUAAUGUGUCUUAAGAGAUUUUCCUGGUUUAUUCAUCGAGCCUCUACAGUAAGAGACUAUGGAUCUGUUGAAUGUCUUCAGCUUUAAAUGACUAUUAUACAUUGUUUAUUACAUCUGAUAUUUAUCCUGAUAUUUAUAUGUAUGUGUGACUUUGUUUCUUUUUGGUUGCAUUUUGUUUAGUUCUUUUUCUAAGCAAUAUGUCCAGUCUUUAGAAAACCAAGAAAAGAGCCAAGGUAGGACGUGGAGAGCUUUAUCUUGCUCUUUUGAAGAAAAAACACCACACAAAACCAUUGACUUCCUCAGGCUGUCAGCAAAGUGGUAAAAGUCUGACCUUUUUCAGAAGACUGUAAGCCGUUUUUUUACUCCUGUGCACCACAGUCAAAUUGAACAAACCUAAACAAAUACACUCAGACCAAGAUUUUAGAACUGCACACAUUUGUUCAGUCUACUUUGGUGUACAGAUUCUGUAGACACCUCUGAUGUUUAAUCAGUUUGCCUUGCGACUAUGAAACUAUUGACAUAUAGUCACUGGAAAAUCCCUGAGGUAAUGUUCUCAUAUAGAGAACAUGACAGUAUAGCACUCUGCAUGUUGGCAAGUAUUUUUCCCAACACCGCAGGCCUACAUACACGCAUAACUUUAAUGGCAACAUACAUAUUUUCAAUCUCUUUCACUUCCACCAGACAUACAAAUGCACAAUACCAGUACCAUGUUCAUUAGCUGAUACAGGCCCCCAUCCUUCGAUUGGCUCUUUGUACCUGAACAUAUGUCUAGGACAUUGAGACCACUUGACAAACUUCAAGUUGCAAUGUGCAAGCAUCAAAAGUGCAAGAGAAGCGAGUGCUUACUUCCAGCUGGGCAAGGGAAAACUCUGGGUAAUCAGGUCUUUAUGUAUUGUGCAUAGUAAACUAAUUGUACAUUAUUUUUUAUAAUUUAUAAAGAGUACAGAGAGAUAAAGGUGAUAAAGGUUGAAUGUUUGUAAAAAUAAAUGAUAACAGAUA